AUGGCAGGUCAAAGUGCAUGGAAUGUAGUGCGUCUGCUUCGCAAGCUGGCAGAUCAAGGCCAGGCAAUUCUUUGCACCAUCCAUCAACCCAGUGCUCUGCUCUUCGAAUCAUUCGACCGACUACUUCUGCUCGAGCGGGGCGGAGAGACCGUGUAUUUUGGCGACAUCGGCAAAGACUCGCACGUCAUCCGCAACUACUUUGCUGCCAACGGCGCAUUCUGCCCGGCGAACGUCAACCCGGCCGAAUACAUGCUUGAGGCCAUUGGUGCUGGUACAACUCCGCGAGUUGGCGACCGCGACUGGAAAGACAUCUGGCUCGACUCACCGGAAUGCGAAAGCCUGCGAUCCAAAAUCGCACAGAUCAACAAUGAGGCGUUGACCAGGCCUGUGGCAGAGAAGACCAAGCUGAGCACCUAUGCGACCCCCUUCAUGUACCAACUGCGUACCGUCACUGCUCGCAAUUACCUUGCGCUCUGGCGAUCGCCAGACUACCUCUUCUCGCGGUUGUUUGUCUGCAGCUUCAUUUCGUUCUUCGUGUCGCUGUCGUUCUUGCAACUGGGCAUCAGUCUCCGGGAUCUCCAGUUCCGCGUGUUCUCGCUGUUCUGGGUCACUAUUCUUCCCGCUAUCAUCAUGGCUCAAAUUGAACCUAUGUUCAUCUCCAAUCGCCGGACUUUCAUCCGAGAGGCGUCAAGUCGCAUCUACUCCCCUUACGUGUUUGCUAUUGCUCAAACAUUGAGUGAGAUCCCUGGCUCCAUUGUUUGCGCUAUCGUAUACUGGGUCCUCAUGGUCUACCCAAUGCACUUUGGGCAAGGCGCUGCCGGGCUCAACGGCACCGGCUUCCAGCUGCUGAUGACGCUGACGAUGAUGAUUUUCGGUGUUACCCUGGGCCAGCUAAUCGGCGCCAUCAGCCCUAGCGUCCAAGUCGCGGCGCUGUACAAUCCUUUCCUGACUCUGGUCCUCGGAACAUUCUGUGGUGUUACGCUCCCGCAUGUGAACAACGGGUUCUGGUGGACAUGGCUGUACCAGCUUGUGCCGUACACGCGGACCAUCGCCGCGAUGGUGUCCACGGAGCUUUUCGGCCUGAAAUGGGGCCAGGCCUUUGUCAACAUCACGGGCGGGUACAUCGACAACCUGGACGCGACGUCCAACUGCAAGUACUGCUCGUACGCGGUCGGGGACGAGUUCUACACCCCGCUGGGCAUCAGCUUCUCUGGCGCUGGCGCGACUUUGGGAUCUUCCUUGCUUAUAUUGCUUUCAACAUGGCUGCGACAGUCAUUGCAUCGAGAUAUCUCCGCUACGCCAAACGCUGACCCAUAG